AAUUAUAUAUAAUAAGUCUGCGAUUGGGAGGGAGGAGCUGGGAAUCCAUCCUGCUGCAAAACCCUCUCCUUUCUCAAAUUCCCCGUCAAGAUCAAAUUCAAAACCCUAAUUCAAUUUAGCCAUGGAGGGAAAGGAUGCCAAGAGGCGAUUCGUUCAGUCGACACUGUUUCCCCACAAGGCGGUUUCUGCCAAGGAGGGUGAGAAUUCCGAUGCCGGAGGAGUGGGCGACAGCGGACAAAUGCGGAUGAAGAUGGCCAAUUCGAAGUCAAAAUCUGCGCCGAGAGCUUCUUGUAAAAAGGUUAAGGUAACUGAUAGAAAACGGAAGCAACAUGAUGAGACGGAUGCAUCAGUUCCUGCAGAGUCCAAUUUACUUUUGAAGGCUUCUCAGAGGGUGCAGGAGAAAGGGCAGGAAACCCCACCGGCUGCAAUUGAUUUCUCUGAUGGAACUGAUGAAAUCUGCACACCUCCAAGCCCUACUGCAAAUAGUAGAAACACUCAUAGAAAGAGCACUCCUAGAAAGAUGAAACUCCGUGCAAGAACAACUCCAAGGAAGGAAAGACGGAAUUCAGCACCAAAUAGAAAUACAACAAAUGGCAAUCGAGAAUUGGUUUGCGGUCAAAUUCCAUUUGAAGCUGCAGUGGAUGGGCAGCCAUUGCUAAAACGGACUGAUUUAAGAAGGGAAGCAAAGUUGGCAGCUGAGGAAAACGCACGAAUGUUUUCUGGGCGGCCAAUCCAUCCAUUUUUCAUGUCACGGAAAGGAAGGAAAAUUGACCAAGAUAUAGCUGAUUCGGAAAUCAAGGGGUGGUCUUCUGAGAUAAAGCGAAUAGGCACCACUUUCAAUCCCAUCCAUGUAUAUGAAAAUUAUGAGGAUGAUCAAACAAGCUUUGAUUGGGAACAAUGGAUAUUCUGUGAAAGAAGCACUGGUGGUGAGCGAGAUUGUGGAUAUCAACCAGUCUAUGAAGGAUCUAUUGACUCCUUGGAUUUUGGUAACUAUCUAAACUGUUCUCGUUCCAAAAGAUUAUCAAUACAUGGAAAUUGUCGUCGGGGUUCUACACCGCCAAGAGAGGUUUCCAAGGAGCUCCCUUGCAAAACAGAGUGUUCUGUUCCAAUUAUAUCCUUAGUGUUGGGUGAUGAGAGAGUGGCACAGACUGGACCAGAGAAGGAUCCAGGUUAUUGGUCCCAAAAUGAUGAAGCUAUACAGGCUGGAACUCCAUUGGAAGACAAUAAAACUGAAAGAAAUGGCCAUUUUACUGGGACAGCUUGUGGUGGAAGCAUUGAUUCUGAGCUUCAGGAUGAACUCCUUCGAGAAAGGACUGUUUCUCAUCAGCAUGCAUGUCCAAGUCGGCCUGUGAAUUGUCUAUGGACAGACAAGUAUCAACCUCAGAAUGCCAAGCAGGUAUGUGGCAAUGGGGAAUCUGUAAAACUCUUAAGCGAGUGGCUUCUUCUAUGGCACAAAAGGGGCUCUCAAGCCAGUAAAAGUUGCAUGAGUGAAGGAAAUAUAAUAAUGCAAGUUAAUGAUCAUGAUUAUCAACUAAGUGACUCUGACUAUGAUACCAAUACUGAUGAAGACGACUUGAAGAAUGUUCUCUUAAUUACUGGACCUGUUGGGAGCGGGAAAUCUGCUGCCAUCUAUGCUUGUGCAAGAGAUCAAGGAUUUCAGAUUAUCGAGAUAAAUGCAUCAGAUUGGCGCAAUGGAGCCCUAGUAAAGCAAAAGUUUGGAGAGGCUGUGGAAUCUCAUUGGCUUCAGCGUACAGCUGAAAAUAUGACAGGUUUGGACAGAAAAUCUCAACCAGAGCUGUUUAAGGUUGUUAAUGAAGCUACACAUUGCUCAGGCAAUCAAGUAAUUGAACUAUUAGAUGAUGAUUCUCAAGAAGCUGGUGCCUGGUCUAAUCUUUUAGUCUCUGAAAAAAACAGAACUUCUAAGCAGCAAACUGAUAUUAAAACAUUGAUCCUUUUUGAGGAUGUUGAUGCUACAUUAUGUGAAGAUCAUGGUUUUCUGACAGCCAUACAACAACUAGCAGAGACUGCAAAAAGGCCCAUGAUAUUGACCAGCAAUAGUUAUAAUCCCAUGCUCCCAAAGAACUUGGACAGGUCUGAGUUAAGGUUUUCUGAACCAUCUCGGGAAGAGUUAAUUGGCCUUGUUAAUAUGAUUUGUGCCUCAGAACAAGCUAAAAUUCAUCCCAACUUGGUUGAAAUAUUUGUCAAUCAUUGUGAAAGAGACAUACGCAAAACCAUCAUGCUUCUCCAGUUUUGGUGCCAGGGUCAACGUCUUGGAAAAGAUUAUCCAAGGAAUGAAUUUCAUGCAACAAAUUCGCCAGUCCUAUUUGAUCUUGAUGCUGCGCAUCACAUCAUACCAAAAGUUAUGUGCUGGGAUAACCCAUCAAAACUCUCUGAGCUUGUGGCUGAGGAGGUUGUUAAAUCUUCUAUUUUAAUGGAAGAAACAUGCAGUAUGAUGAACAAGAAUAGGGUAGAGGACCAAUAUGACUGUAACAUGGAUAUACUCACACGCGAUUGUGAACCAGAUCCUCUUGAGGUGAAAAAGAAGGCAAUGUUAAGAUUGCAUUGCUCUCGAGAUGAAGUUGAGUGUGCACAGUUUGAGGUCAAGAGUGAGCUCUUUGAUUUCUCUUGCUCCCCAGUUGCACCAACCCGGAAAAAGGGCAGGAGAAAAGUCAAUACCGUACUUUCUUCUGACUCUGAAGAUGGAAUCUCAGGAUGCGGCAUUUCCCAAAAUUCAGGCGAAGUAAAUGUUUAUGCUGGAGUACUUGACACAAAGAACUUUCCAAUUUCUGACCAUUUAUAUACUCAAAUUAAUGAUUGUUCAACUAGGCUGACCUAUCUUUCUGAAAUAGAUAAUUCAGAAGAUCUCAGUACUCACAUUGAUGGCUAUUCGACAAGGCCAACCCUUCAUUCUGAACUAAACAACUUGGGACAUGAUGUUGUUCUUGGUACUGAGGACUAUAUGUGCAGAUCACUUGAUGUCUCACUUGUACCAGAAUCAUCAUAUGUACCUGAGACUGAACUUAUCAAUGAAGAAGAUCUACAUUCUGUAACAGUGUCCUAUGGCCAUUUCAUCAGUGAAAGAGGGAAAACUUUGGUUUUUGAGGACCAAGAUUCCUUACCGAUCCUCGAACUUGGCUUUAAUUCGAGCUCGAGUAAAUUAUUGCCUAUCCAGGAAACAAUUAGAGUUGAUUCAGACCCUAGUACAGCAUGGGUUUGUCAAGAGGAGGUUGGGGAUUCUCUUUCAAAAGCUGAGGCAGUUGUUCCAAGAGGCUUUCACUUGCUGGAUGAAUGUAGUCGUGUAGAUUUCAUGAAGGGAUUGAAGUCACUGAAUAAUACUAAGGCUGAUCAGGCAGCUGAUUUUGUAAAAGAAGCAUGGAAAAAGCUGUAUGACAGAAGCAAUGAUUUAAAGAAGCAUGUCACUGCAGAAGAGAAAAUUGCUCUCCAAGGUUUAAAAUUGGCUUGCAGGAUGAGUAAUUUAAUAUCUGAGUCGGAUCUGCUACUCAAAGAUUGCCCAGCUCCUGUAUCUGACUCUCCUGAAUUAUUUAAUAUUCCCGGUGAUAAAAUCCAUUCGUGUUGUUAUCAUGAAAAUCAAGUAGAGAUGUCUUCAACCCUUGCUCAGCAUGGAAUAUGCCUCUAUACAAAGGAAAUUGCUUCUCUGGGAUCAUGUAAGGGGUCCAUGAGCACCUUUGAUUUGGCUGCAGAAAUGUUGUCACUUUCUGCAAACUCAGUUGCAUUGGGAAAACUUGCUAGUCAGGACCAAGCAAACAUUGCUCGAUUGGAUACAAAAACAACAAAAGAUUUUGAUCUUUCGACAAGCAAAUCAGACUCAUGUCUCUGCAACAUACUCAAGACACUAGUCCCUCCCAAGUCACACCUAGCUGCAAAGGGUUAUGCAUUCCAUGAAUACGCCUCGACACUGAGCCAGAUUUCAAGGUUUGACACCUCCCGUCUAUCAGGAUGCUCUGACAACAGAAUGCAACGAAGAGCACGUGCUCCACGGCAUUAUCUGAGUUCUGGUUCAUUAUCAUUGGCAUCGGAAGAAAUAUCGGUGCUGGGCCGAUACAGCAGCUUCACCCCCUGCCUCCACCAAGAAUAGCAAAGCUAAGCUGAGAGCAGCCAUUCAAGGGAAUGCGCUUAUUGCAAUAUCUCACAGUACCAAUAUUUCAUUGAAGGGCGGAUGCACAUUCAGUAAUCUAUUAAUAUAUCUAGAGGAUUGUAUACACAUAAUAUCAUAUCAUUGCACAUUCAGAGGAUUCUUUUCAUAUAAAUUUCUAUUCUUAAGAACUCAUUUACUUUAAAUAUUUA